UUUUAUAAAUUAUCGAUAAAUACCCGCUCUAUGUUAUGCAGUGUUGUACAGCAAUUCAUUCAUUUAGGGUCUAGGAAUUGGAGUUAACUUUGUUGUUUGGCACAAAUUUUACUUAAUUACAAUGGGAAAACGUCGCACUCAGUCUCUAAUCGACUCAAACUCGAGCGAUAGCGAUAGCGACGCGGAUACCAACUUAGAAUCGGACUUGUUGUCACUAGCCAGAAAGAGAAAGAAGCCAAGCAAUGCCACAAAAGCCUCAAACUCAAAAUCCGAUUCAGAUUCGGACUGGGCAAACAAUAAAUCGAGCGCCCCAGCCUCGAAGAAGAAGCGCUCAAAGAAGACCAGCCGAGACUCGAGCUCGUCCGAGGAGAAUUGGGACGAGGACAGUCACGAUGAGGCCCCAGCGCCAGCAGAGAAACGUAUCGAACCCGAACAAAAAAAAACCGACGUUCAAAGUGAGCACGAAGAGGGGGAGGUCUCUGACAGCGACUCAGAGAAUGACAAAUCCAAAUCGAAAUCAACGUCAUCGUCGGGCUCUGCCAGUGGCUCCGACUCAUCUAGUUCAUCGUCGUCGAGCUCCGAUUCUGAGUUUGAUGACGGCUACGACGAUGAUUUGAUGGGUGAUGAGGAGGACCGCAAGCGCCUCAAUGGCUUGUCUGAAAAAGAGCGUGAAACAGAGAUCUUCAAGCGCAUCGAGCAGCGCGAUCUUAUGCGCACCCGGUGGGAGAUCGAGAGGAAGUUGAAGCUCGCCCGUCGGAGCGAGAACGAGAAAUCAAAAACAAAAGGGGAUCGUGCCAAAAAGAAGUCCAAGAAGGACAAGCGCAACAAGAAGGCAAAGGACUUGGCGCCACCGGUGCCCGCAUCAACUGCCGCAGACCUGGAUGCCAGCAAAAUUAGUGCAUUAGAGGCGCGUGCUUCGGCCAAAAGUCCCUCACCUAUGCCCUCGAUUCGCGAGGGCCCCUCGACAUCGGGAUCUGUGUCGGGGGCCACCAGCAGCAGUGCCGAGAAGAGUUCCGAAGAGCAAAAUGCCAACAAUGUAGCUGACUAUUUCGAUCACAAAGAGCGGUCCAAGGAGCGUAAGAAGAACGUGGAGGCGAACAAAACUGACGACAAGCGCAGCAAUGCGAUGGCCAUGCUCAAAGCCAAGCGAGAGGGAAAAGCUAAGAGAGAGGAGGAGGAAGCGAAGCGACUGGCCGAACGUGACAGAGAUGAUGACAAAGAGGAACUGGAGAGUGUGUCUGGCUGCAAAUCGGCAGUCAAACUGAAAGCGUCUGAGAUCUAUUCCGAUGACUCAGGCAGCAGCGACUGGGAUGACGAAGAGAAGCCGGCGGGCAAGCGCUCUCGUUCAAACAGCAGCAAAGCGUCCAGCGACUCUGAAGACGACGAAAAGGCCGCAAAGAGUCCCGUGUUCAUAACGACCCGAGAGGAUCUGAACAAGCUGCGAUUGUCUCGCUUCAAAAUGGAGCGCUUCGUCAAUCUGCCCAUAUUUGAGUGCACCGUGGUCAACUGCUUUGUGCGCAUCAGCAUCGGCAACAAUGGCCAGAAGCCCGUCUAUCGAGUAGCGGAGAUCGUUGGCGUCGUGGAGACGGGCAAAAUAUACACGCUUGGAACGACGCGCACCAAUCGGGGACUGCGUCUCAAGCACGGCACUCAGGAGCGCGUUUUCCGUUUGGAGUUUAUAUCCAAUCAGGAGUUCACUGAAACCGAGUUUAACAAAUGGUACGAGGUCUGCCAGCAGCAGCAUGUGCCCAUGCCGACGAUGGAUUUGAUCGAGAUUAAGCAAAACGAUAUUAAGAAGGCGCUUAACUACGAGUUCAAGGACGAGGAUGUGGACAAGAUCGUCGAGGAGAAGAAUCGCUUCCGUAAUCGACCCACCAACUAUGCCAUGAAGAAGACCUGCCUCAUGAAGGAGCGCGACGCAGCUAUGCUGCGCGGCGACUACGACAUUGCCAACGAGCUGGGCCAGCAGAUCGAUCAGCUGGAGAGCCGCGCCUCCGAGCUGGACAAACGUCGCUCGCACAGUCUCAAUUUGAUUUCGUACAUCAACGAUCGCAAUCGCAAGCGGAAUGUGCAGGAUGCCGAGAAGGCCAUCAUGGAGGAGGCGCGUGCCAACAAGGGCAUGAAGAUAUCAGAUCCAUUCACGCGGCGCAUUACUCAGCCGCGCAUGGGCUUCAAGGGUGCCAAAAAGGAUGAGGACGAGGUGCUGCCCGCCCCGCUGCCACCACCGCCGCCUGGCAAAAAGAAACCGAAUGAAACGAGCACAUCCAAUGCGAAGCCAGGCGAUGGCAAGGACUACAGUUUAUACUCGCUACACGACUUUGACAUAGACCUAGAUGUACCGCUGCCAGUGAAUAGCACGAAUGCUCUGCCCAAGCCGGCGAGCAAGCCAACCGAGACGGUGUCCAAGCGUUCACUGAACCUGGAAGAUUACAAAAAGAAGCGCGGCCUCAUCUAGCUGCACCGUUCAAUUAAUGACGUUCUUUACUUAGGUUAGUGCUGUUACGACUAAUUAAACGUAAUCGAUUAUUGUGACGAUUGAUUGAGGAGGAAAGUUUUGUUAACGCUCUACUCCCCCCCCGGCAGUGCGCAACUGAAUCACCUAUAGGCAUAGUUUACGAAUUGUAUUGUAUGUUUACGAAUAUAUGUAUAUCGCUAUGUACUGAUAUAUAGAGAGCAUCA